CAGAAAUAAACUGUAAUAACAGAAUACCACAGCCACCUUUACAUGUUUAUAGAACUACUUGAUUGAUCUAGUGGUUUUGGGGUAGUUUUCAAAUGAAUAGUGCAUUCUUCACAUCUUGUUUUUAACUGAUAUUCUAAUGCCAAGUUUAAAGUUGUCAGACUUUACCCAAAGGAGAUUUGUGGGUUGACAGCAGACUCAUCUUUGCAACAUGUAACAUCUGCAAAUUUUAUAAGGAACAGCUGUAAAAUAACUUCUAGAAUAAAAGUGCCUCACCUAUUAGAUUAUUGCUUUUCAUUUUUAAUAUGUGCUUCAGUGACAUCUCCCUCCCUCACUUCCCACACCCUCAAAAUUAAAUUCCUUAAUAUUGUCUGUCUGUCUAAUAAAUGUGUUGUUAUUUGCUGAGCAAACAAUGCCUGCAAAAGCUGACACAGCCUGUCUGUGUUGUGUGUUAGACUGGCCCGGUAAGAGUUUUGUAUCCUUGUUUGCAGCACCAGAGUUGCAGUAUCUUCUGGAGGUCUAGAUUCAUAUAUUCCGUUUUACCACUCAAUGUCCAGGCCUGCUGAAUUGAAUGCGAAACUUUAAAGAACUAUGGGAAAAGUGCUGAGUGUACAGGUGCUAUGCGGUUUCCUCCGAUGCAUUUCUCGCUCCUCCAAGUCUCUCUGAAAGCAACAAGACUGGGGUUAUGAAGUCAAUCCUAGAUGGCCUCGCAGAUACAACUUUCCGAACAAUCACAACAGAUCUCCUUUACGUGGGCUCCAACGAUAUCCAGUACGAAGACAUGAAAGGCGACAUGGCAUCUAAGCUGGGUUACUACCCACAGAAGUUCCCUCUCUCUUCCUUCAGGGGUGAUCCUUUCCAAGAAAAAAUGACUGCAGGAGAUGAUCCCCUUCUGAGCAUUAUUCCCUCAGAUCAAGUCAACAUCACAGAAUUUUACAACAAGUCCCUAUCCACGUUUAAGGAUAACGAGGAGAACAUACAAUGUGGGGAGAACUUCAUGGAUAUGGAGUGCUUUAUGAUCCUGAACCCUAGCCAGCAGCUGGCUAUUGCCGUGCUGUCACUCACCCUGGGCACCUUCACGGUCCUAGAGAACCUCCUUGUCCUGUGUGUCAUCCUCCACUCUCGAAGCCUCCGGUGUAGACCCUCCUACCAUUUCAUUGGCAGCCUGGCUGUGGCUGACCUGCUGGGCAGCGUGAUUUUUGUCUACAGUUUUGUGGAUUUCCAUGUUUUCCACCGGAAGGACAGCCCUAAUGUCUUCUUGUUCAAACUGGGUGGAGUUACAGCCUCCUUCACUGCCUCUGUAGGUAGCCUUUUCCUCACGGCAAUAGACAGGUACAUAUCUAUACACAGGCCACUAGCUUACAAAAGGAUUGUUACCCGACCAAAGGCUGUCGUAGCGUUUUGUGUGAUGUGGACCAUUGCUAUUGUAAUAGCCGUUCUUCCUCUGCUCGGCUGGAACUGCAAAAAGCUCAAUUCCGUUUGUUCGGACAUAUUCCCUCUCAUCGAUGAGACAUACCUGAUGUUCUGGAUCGGGGUCACCAGCAUCCUCUUGCUCUUCAUUGUGUAUGCCUACAUGUACAUACUGUGGAAGGCUCACAGCCAUGCUGUUCGCAUGAUUCAGCGGGGUACGCAGAAAAGCAUAAUCAUUCAGUCUACGGAGGAUGGUAAGGUGCAGAUCACUAGACCUGAUCAAACCCGUAUGGACAUCAGGUUAGCCAAAACUUUGGUCCUUAUCCUAGUCGUUUUAAUCAUAUGCUGGGGCCCUCUCCUCGCCAUCAUGGUGUACGAUGUCUUUGGGAAAAUGAACAAGCUCAUCAAGACUGUCUUUGCCUUCUGUAGCAUGCUCUGUUUGCUGAAUUCAACAGUGAAUCCCAUCAUCUACGCUCUGAGGAGCAAGGACUUGCGACACGCCUUCCGCAGCAUGUUCCCAACCUGCGAAGGAACCGCACAGCCCCUCGAUAACAGCAUGGAGUCUGACUGCCAGCACAAACACGCCAACAAUGCGGGGAAUGUGCACAGGGCUGCUGAGAGCUGCAUUAAGAGCACAGUUAAGAUUGCCAAAGUUACCAUGUCUGUCUCCACAGACACGACUGCUGAAGCAUUGUAAGUCAGAGACUUCUCAGCAUUGUUGUGAGAAAAGGAGUUAAUUAAAAAAAAAUAAAUCAACAACAGAGAAAACCAAACCUGUGGCUUAAUGUGUUUGUACCUUCCUGUGAUAUUUUUUUGGUCCAUCAUUGUAUGCUGAGCAAUGAUUGUGUUACAAGCAUUGACAUCAGCCUGUUCUUCAGGUUUUACAAUUAGGAGUUCAAGCUAAAUUUUCAAAAGUUUUUUUCUCAAAAAGUGUUUACUGAAUAAUAGUAAGUUUCCUGAAAGAGCACAGAGAAAAUAUCAGAUUAACAAUGGUUCCUUUUGGGGUUGUGAAGUAAAAUUGUGAAACCUAAUUGAAAACUAAUGCAUCCUAAACCAAUAGCAUCAAAUAAGAAAUAAAAGUCUUGUAAUCAUGCUGUUCAUUUCAAUGUGAAAUGUAUUUCAUGUCUGUAAGUAAUAGGAGUUUUUGAUUUUUCCACAAGCGGCAGUGCUGAGUUUUAGGGGUUUUGUAAAAUGUGUCGUGUCCCGUGAAUUGUAUGCUGUUUAUUAUGUGUUAUUGAUAUUUGUCUGAUUAAACAAAGUGAUAAGGUAGACUUCUGUGGAAAUAAUGUGAAAUGUGAUAUGUAAAUCCCAUUGAAAACACUUACUGUAUUUGAAGAAUUCCUAUGAGCUAUUUUGGAAAUUUUACACUUUUAGUGGUCUUCUGUGGACUUAGAGGAGAGGCUUUGUGUUCUUCUACUAAAUUUGUUUCCCCACUACCUUUUACUUCCACAUGCAUAUGAGAGUAACGCAACAGAGGAAUAGAGGAGGAAUGUAAGAGAAGAAUGCACUGGUUCAGACUUUUAAAUACGACUGUGUUUAUACAGAAGGACAUUUAUGGUUGUACCGAUUAUUGCCCUGCUCUUGGGUGUUGAGUGAAUAUGAACACUGAAAGGCGAGAGUCCUGGAUAUUGGCUACUUUAAUGGGCAACCAGUUUUAAGUCACGUGCUGGUGCUGCACCGCUGAAGACAGCAUGUGUCAGACUCAAUGUGUGAUGUUAUCUCUGUGCAGUCGAUGUAUACUUGAAGUAUGUCUCAUUCCUAUAUCCCAGGUUUAAACAGAUUCAGAGCCUGAGAUGCCAAACUCCCAUCUUCACUAAAAGAGGAGGAAAUAUUGUCAGACUUGGACAUUUUCUUAUUGUGUGAGCGUGUAUAUAAAUAAAUAUAUAUGUGUGUGUACGUGUGUGCGUGUGCGUGUGUGUAAGUAUACUAAUCAGUGUGAGUCAUGGUAGCAUAACUAAGACAGGUCACUAUGACCAAAUGUAAACUGUAUUUCUUGUUGCACGCUUUGCACACAAAUUCUGUUUCUAAAAUUUAGUUCUUCCAACUGAUUCCUGGUGAAAGUACCGUAUUAACAACAUCCUGAUCAACUCCAAGAGGUGUGUCCAUGCGCUAGAGAAAGCAACCUUUCACUUGUACUUGAGAAUAAGGGGAAACGAGGUGAAGCGUGGUGUGAGCUUGCAGUGACAACUGCAAUGGCUAUCAAGAGUGUUCCUGAAAUCUGAGAAAUCCAGAAAUAAAUGAUAAUCUGUUUUAAGGCCAUCAAUAUUUGCAUCUGAUUGCUUGAAGUGAGGUGAGUCUCACUGUGAAAUCAGGAUACAGAUGACAAAGUUUGACACCAUCAGCUUUAGGGAAGGAGAAGUUAUUGAGGGAAAAUGGCACCUCUGUUCCCUGGUGGUAUUGUUUCUGCACCCUGGGAGCAAGCAAAGAGCAUGUUACCAGAUAGUCUUUGAGGCAUGGAUAUUCUGUAAUUCCACUCUGAAUCAGAAGGUAUGGGGUCCUCUGCUGCCUUCCUUUUUGGACCAUUUCCUCACCCUUCUCCUGUCUGAUUUCUGCUAAAAUAGCUGCAAAGAUGGCUUAGCUCAUUAGCUGCCUGAAGCUAAAUACAUGUUGCCCGUCUUCAGGGUUAUGUAGGGAAAGAGCAGGGCGGCAGCCCUGGAAUCUCUGGCCACCAUGGUGUCCCCAUGGUGUUUUUAAUACUGCGGUGCAGACCUAGCAGCUGGUAGCGCAAAUGGCCCAGCAAAUUUCAGCCAGUGGCUCUGCAGAGGCAUGACUCCAAGUUCAGGUUUGGUGAGGGGCUGAGUAAAGGUCUCAUCAGGUGAAGUGAUGAGCAGCAGGUGGAAGACACAGGAGUACUUUCCUCCCACCCCUCUCCUCUGCAGCCUAGCUGGGUGUUAAGACUGGGCACCAUGCUCUUGAGGGGGCUGCAGUGGUCAGAUGGUCAGAUGGAACCAGCAGAUCGCAUAGCAUUCCCAGAGGAUUUGCAAAUCCUCCUCCUGAAAGGUCUUUCUCAUAUCUAGGCCUAGUCCAUCCUAAAGCAGUCCUCUUGGAGGAGGAGGGGGAAAGGCCAUUUGAAAUGUAAAGGUAUUUUAAGAGCCAUUUUUUAAACUCUUCUUGUGAAUUAAAUGCAAACUUUGUGGACUUUCUUUGUGCUUUCAAGUUCUAAAUUUUACAUGAUAAAUCAUGGGACAAUGGGGCUGUCUUGGCACUUAACUUGGUGCUUACUGAUAUAAUAAGAAAUAGCAUUCUGUGAAAUGUUACCGUCUAUCAUCAGUAUCUUCAUUUGCAUAAUGAGUUUUUCUAAAGCUCUAGGAACUGUGUCGGUUCACUUAGAACCAUUUAUUAAAGAGGUGGCAACAAUUUCCCUACAUCUUGCACGCAAAGCAAAACUACGGUCAUUAGAAAAAUCUGCUGCCAUUCCAGGAUAAUCUGUACUUAAACUUUAGCUUUAGGUAUACCUAAUUUGCAGUUGCCUACCUUCACUUAGUGAUAGCACAGCUAAACAAUACUGUGUUCCAUGGCCAUCCACACUAUCAUCAUCAACCAACCAUCAAUACUUGCUGUUACAUAUACACACCAACUCCGAAUGUCAUGUAUCUACUGAGACCAUCUAUGUCACACGUGUGCAGAGUUAGUCUCAACAGUCUAAUUGUAUAUUUGUAUAAUAUAAUCUCGAUGCUGUGCAAUCACUAUCCACAUCUUCUUGCACUGGCCUUUCAAUGAAAAUUUUAGUGUGUCUGUUGUGAGAUAGACAGCGCAUUUUACCUGCUGUUAUUGGGCUGAAUGUAUGUAAAUAAGUGAAAAAAAUUUAAAAAAGUCAUCUGUACAAGCAGUGGCCUAAAAAGUCUGUAAUUGUAGACUAGGACAAUUGUUGAAGUUGCCGUGACAUCUCAAAUACUACCUUUGAAUAAACUGUUUACAGGGUCUCUUGGAAUGCUCUUUCAUAGUGAUAGGAAAAUCUUUCCUUGUGAUAAUAUGAGGUAAAGAAAAUGGAUUACCUGAGCUUUUUAUUUCCAGUGUUUCAAAGUGGAGAACAUAACUCUUUAUUGUCUGUAAAUCUAACAUUAUUACUUCCUCUUAGAAGAAUAUUGUAUCAUUAGAUGUUCGUUUGAGCUGGUAACAUCCUUGCAACUGCUGCAAUAUUUUUCAUUAGCAACCUGUAUAAUAGUUUGUACACAAGUACUGUUCAGAUUGUCAUGAAAAGUAGCUUUGACCAUUGACCUACCAGUAGCAGAAUAGUAUUUCUGUAAGAUUCCCAGUGUAUUCCUACCACAUCAUAUUUUAUUUCUAUAAUGUAAUUAAACUGUUAUUUAUUCAAGGAGAAAAAGUAUUCCUCUACUUUUUUUGUUUUCCAAAUUUUGAGAUAACUGAGGAAGACACGUGAUGCUGCUGCCUCAUCCCACAAUCUGGUGCUCUACGUUUUGUUUAUAAGUUUGUCUGUCAGAUUUUGAAACAACUGCUUAAACAACUUGACAACAGGUUGUCAAGCUUUGUGGGUUUUAAUUGUACGUUGAUGCGUUUGAAGGAGGAGGUAGAUUAUAUAUUUUAUAUUUGUGUAUUCAGUACUAUGGAGAUGAGAGAAAUUAUACAGUUAAAACUGAAUCUCCUGUUUCAUUAUGUAGGCUAUUUCCCCUUUCCUCUGUAUUAGCGAAAAUGCAAUAAAUCACUUUUGCCUUCCUCAGAUGCAUAUGUUUCCAC